UCUGGCUUUUGUCUGUGCUGAAUGCGUCCGGAAAGGCAAAAAAGAGCGAGAUUCUGCUGUGGGGUUUCUCAUCUCCAUGGUGGUAGGUGCUGACAGCCUCAGAGCGUGAGCUAGAAGGGCACAGAGAAAAGAGAAUGAGGUGUGUUCGCUACGGUCCUAUUGAAGAUAGAAAGGUCACAGGGUUUGGAUCUGUAACCAAGGAUUUAAUUGAAAACUAAAAAGCAAAGAAAAGAAAGCAAAGAAAACGAACCACCUGGAUCCUCCCCUGGAUGCCCUAAAGGACUUGAGAAAAAAUGAGCUAUUACGGAAGUAGCUACCGGAUUGUCAAUGUGGACUCCAAGUAUCCAGGCUAUCCACCAGAACAUGCUAUAGCUGAGAAGAGAAGAGCAAGAAGGCGCCUACUCCACAAAGAUGGCAGCUGCAACGUGUACUUCAAACACAUUUUUGGAGAAUGGGGGAGCUACAUGGUUGACAUUUUCACCACUCUUGUGGAUACCAAGUGGCGCCAUAUGUUUGUGAUAUUUUCUCUGUCUUACAUUCUCUCCUGGUUAAUAUUUGGCUCCAUAUUUUGGCUCAUAGCCUUUCAUCAUGGAGAUCUAUUAAAUGAGCCAGGCAUUACACCUUGUGUUGAUAAUGUGCAUUCAUUUACGGCAGCAUUUUUAUUCUCCCUUGAGACCCAAACCACCAUAGGGUACGGUUACCGGUGUGUCACAGAAGAAUGCUCUGUGGCUGUGCUGACAGUGAUCCUUCAGUCCAUCUUAAGUUGCAUCAUAAACACCUUCAUCAUUGGAGCAGCCUUGGCAAAGAUGGCAACUGCCCGGAAGAGAGCCCAGACUAUCCGCUUCAGCUAUUUUGCCCUCAUCGGUAUGAGAGACGGGAAGCUUUGCCUCAUGUGGCGCAUAGGUGAUUUCCGACCAAACCAUGUGGUAGAGGGAACAGUGAGAGCCCAACUUUUACGUUACUCAGAAGACAGCGAAGGGCGGAUGACCAUGACAUUUAAAGAUCUCAAACUUGUCAAUGACCAGAUCAUCCUAGUAACCCCAGUUACUAUUGUCCACGAGAUUGACCAUGAGAGUCCUCUGUAUGCCCUUGACCGCAAGGCAGUGGCCAAAGAUAAUUUUGAGAUUUUAGUGACAUUUAUCUACACUGGUGAUUCUACUGGGACAUCCCACCAGUCUAGAAGUUCCUAUGUUCCCAGGGAAAUUCUCUGGGGCCAUCGGUUUAAUGACGUAUUGGAAGUGAAGAGAAAGUACUAUAAAGUGAACUGCUUGCAGUUUGAAGGAAGUGUGGAAGUCUAUGCCCCCUUUUGCAGUGCUAAACAGUUGGACUGGAAAGACCAACAACUCACCAACUUGGAGAAAACAUCCCCUGCCCGAGGAUCAUGCACCUCCGAUACCAAUGUCAGGAGGCGGUCUUUCAGUGCGGUUGCCAUUGUGAGCAGCUGUGAGAACCCAGAGGAGACCACCGCUUCCCCACCAGAUGAGUGCAAGGAAGUCCCUUAUCAGAAGGCUCUCCUGACUUUAAAUAGAAUCUCUAUGGAAUCCCAGAUGUAGCCCUCCUCUUCAGCCCCUUACCCAAAGGCACAAAGUUGUAAGCAUGAUUUUUAAACAAAAUGUUAGAUCUGUCCUUUGCAGCAAGAGUAGACAGUAGAACAGGUUAAAAUUGGUAAGUGAUCAUCUAAAAAUUCCAUAGCUUUCCCAUAUUAAAAUUUGGCAUUGGUAAGCAAACUUUAUAUUGGGGAAGCUAUUAAGGAGCUUAACUGAUUACAGUUAAUCUCAUUAUUGCAUACACCUGUGUCUUCUCUUGAAUGUGGAAGAUUUAGGAGUGGGAGAAAAGAGAGGCUGCUAGAAUAGAUUAAAAUUAGACAGGUAAGUUAAAUAUUUGCAUUUAUAAAUUAAUUAUGCAAUGAGAGCUUGUAGUAAUAUCUCAUAACCUAAGUGCAACAAAUAUGACAUGUCUCAGUCUCAAAAGCAUUAAAAUGUAAGUAAAAUGAAGUGUGGUUUGAGGUAUCAUAUUUGCCUUUCAUCGGUAUCAGAAGACAGAGGUGUGGCUUUAAGAAACUGAUAGCACCAACAAGUCAAAGAUUUCUUUCAGUGAGACUUGCCUAAAAUGUUAUUAGUUAAGUGCUAGAACCUAACCAUGUGACAGAAGAAAUGGGGACAUCAUUAUUUAGAGAAGUAUUUUUCUCUUAAAUGCCUUGGUUCAAUCAAACAAAUGGGGACCAGAAGUGAGGCAGUGGCCUUUCCCUCUGCUCCUUGGAGAAGUCUAUGCUCAUGCCCCAGCUUCUCUCAAGCUUUUGUGAAGAGGCCGGGUCACUGAGAUGGCUGCAGCAGUGAGAGGCACUUGUCUGUGUCCUCAGACAUGAGAGAAUAAAUGCUGUUGGCUCCUGGUCCUGAGGGGCUGCAUGUAGGUGGAGAGGAGCUGAAAGAGCUAAAACUUUUCUUAAGGACAGUGAGGCAGUGCGUAGUGACUUGGGUUGCAGGCAUGAGCAGUUUUGUGCAGCAUGCAAUGGAGUUGAUUUGAUUGUGUAUUAGAGGGAUAAAAUGAAUAUUAUAGAAAUGCUUAAAUUUUAGGUCAAAAGAUAAAUGUGUAUUCUGUUAUCAUGUUAAGGGAUUAAGUUAAUUCCUGAUUCUUUUUUAGCAUGAACCCAGUCUUAGACACUGUAAGCCUUAUAAACUGAAGAAUUAUUAGCUAUGGCUUGGCAUGAUUUGUGAAUUUUUUCCACUGUUUCUGAGCUAGGAAUGAGUAUAUGAUGCAGCUGCUGUUUAAUUUAAACACACACACACACACGGGGGGGGGGGGGAUUUGGAUUCUUUAAUAGCAAUUACUUGUCUAAAUUAGAAUAUUACACUUUACAAAGCUAAAAAUCAUCACCAUCAUCAACAGUGCUUUCCCCACCAAUUUGAAUUUGUUUCUCUAGAAGGCAGGUGCAUUCCACUGCACUGUGUUUCCUUUGCGCUGUCCUCCCAUGAUGCCUGCCAUCAAAACAGGGGAUCAUUGAUGUCUGGUUAAAUACAUUCUAUUGCACUACGUGUUCACAAAGUGGAAUGUAUGGUCAGCAUUCCCGUGUCCCAUGCAUCUUUAAUCAUCUGUGUAGAUUUAUAGCAUGCUUUGAAACCUCCAAUGACUUCCUUAACAAUAAAGAUCUCAGAGUAAUGCAAAACACUGUA